UUCAAGUGCUCUCUUCGAUUGCCGCGAGACAUACAACGAUAAAGGAAAUAUCGUUAAAACAUUCUGCAAAUCAUCUCCACUGAGUCUACUUUGUCAUCUAGAGGCUAACGUAUGAUUCGGGAUGUAUGCAAUGGUAUGCUCUUAGCUCUAUUUCAAGCUUUAAUCUUUUUUUUCCAUUGCAACUCGAACCACUUUUUAACCUCGGUCUCUGUUACACCGUUCUUCACUUUGAAAACCCCAGGAUAUCCCCAAUCCACAAGUCGAGCUACAGUGAUGGGGGUAGUCAGAGUCGGACCAUCAGACGUAUCUGCUCCGCCAACAACAAAGUUGUAGGAAUUAAGAUCGGUAUGAAGAACUCCCUUCUGGACUGCAUUUUGCACAACUUCCUUUUUCACGUGUGCUUUGGCUUCUUCCAACCACUUUGUUCUUUGGUCCACUUUGGCAUCCAGGUACUCAUUAGUCUCCUUAAUCAUCACCCCCUCCACAAGUUUCAUCACGAUAACGGGAUACUUCCCAUCACCAACUUUAGCCAUCCCCGAGUCAAUGUAAAGAUCAACGUCUUUCAGGGCUUUUACUUCACCCCAGACUUUGUUAUCUACUGUACUUUCCGGGUUUCCUACACCUCCGAUGACUUUGACAAUGACCGUGUCUUUGCCAUGAUUCACGCCUCCAACCUCAUAGUCUUUGAGCAGGGUAUAUAUUCCUUUAUUGUAUGCGCCAGAACACUCAUCUCGGUGACUCCCAACCACCAAGUCCAAGUUUUUUUCAAAGACUUUCUUGUCAGCCUCGUCAAGGUAAGUAUCAUCCCCGUAGAAACAUCGAGGUCUCCUCCAGGUGCUCCCAAGACUAUUUUUCUCAUCCUCGCGUCCUUACCCUUGAUCGAAAGUUGGGCGGGGGUGGGUACGGCAUGGGCAGUUUUGACCGAAAAGAUAACAAUGAGAAAGAGUGACAACAAAAAGGAGACGCUUUUCGAAGUACGCAUGGGUGUAAACAAGAUCCUGAGAUACAUUGUGAGAUAAAUAGAUAGAGGAAUGCUAAUGGCCAAAAUUCUAUCUCUGACCGGCAGAGAUGAAACUGGGAGAUCAAGAGAAGA